AUGAGCGAUAUUUGGAAUAAGAUGUCGGUUGGAACUGUGUGCGUGACGGCCGGUUUAACGGGUCUUUUAAGUUUUGUGUUCCUGGCGGUAGCGAUUGGUACGGAUUAUUGGUACAUCAUCGACGUCUCAAACUCCAGAUAUUACUAUGGGGAGCAUUGGGAAGAUUUAAAUUCCCAUUCUGGACUCUGGAGAAUUUGCGAAGUUAUGCAGAAAGUGUUUGUCAUUUUGCUCCCUCUCAGUCUGGUUCUUCUGGUGCUUGGAGGUAUCUGUGGGCUGGUCAGCUCUUUGGCUAAUGGUCUCUACAUGCUGCUGUUCACUGGUUCAUACUUCCUACUUGGAGGUGCAUUGACCCUGGCUGGGAUCUCAGUGUACAUCGCUUAUUCGAAAGCAGCUUUCGCCAUUGCGAUGUGUUUGUACGGACACGAGUUGUUCAAUAAUGUUUACAUUGGUUUCAGUUGGUCCCUGGGUUUGGCCUGCCUUUCUUGUGUCUUAGAGGUCAUUGCUGGGUCUUUAUUUCUUCUGGCUGCCAAGCUCACAGCUGUACAGCAUCUACAGCAGUCAGCAACCAUAUGA